AUUUGAAUAAAUAAUAAUGUCUGGUGACGGCUGGAACUUACAGGAUGACAUCAGUACUGAUGAUCCGGAGAUGAAUGCCCUUAUCAAGAAAAAGGAUAGACAAAGGAAAGGUCUUGAAUUGAUUGCUUCAGAGAACUUUGCCAGCAAGUCUGUACUUCAGGCUCUUGGGUCCUGCCUGAAUAAUAAAUAUUCCGAAGGCCAGCCAGGACAAAGAUAUUAUGGUGGAAAUGAAGUUAUUGACAAGAUUGAAUUGUUGUGUAAAAAGAGGGCCUUAGAAGCAUUUGGUCUAAAUCCUGAUGAGUGGGGAGUUAAUGUCCAGCCUCACUCUGGGUCACCAGCAAAUUUUGCAGUUUACACAGCCUUGGUAGGGCCACAUGGACGUAUUAUGGGCCUUCAUUUACCAGAGGGUGGACAUCUUAGUCAUGGAUUUAUGACACCAAGUAAAAAGAUCUCAGCAACAUCACUGUUCUUUGAAUCAUUUCCAUAUAAACUAGACCCAGUCACUGGAACCAUUGAUUAUGAUAAGCUAGCAGAAAAUGCCCGUCUCUUUUUGCCAAAGAUGAUUGUUGCAGGAAUCAGUUGUUAUUCACGCCACCUUGAUUACAAACGAUUCAGAGAAAUAGCUGAUGAGAAUGGAGCAUAUGUCCUAGCAGAUAUGGCUCAUGUUAGUGGUCUAGUAUCAGCUGGUCUUGCUCCUAGUCCAUUUGAGUUCUGUGAUGUUGUGACCUCAACCACACAUAAAACCCUUCGUGGACCAAGAUCUGGUCUCAUCUUCUUCAGGAAAGGUGUACGUAAGGUGAACAAAGAUGGAACAAAGGUUAUGUAUGACAUAGAGAAGAAGAUAAAUGAGGCUGUGUUCCCAGGACUUCAAGGAGGUCCUCACAAUCACCAAAUAGCAGCUGUAGCAGUGGCCCUGAAACAGGCCAAUACACCAGAGUUCAAAGCCUACCAGAGACAGGUUUUGGCUAAUGCCCAGGUGAUGGCAAAAGAGUUCAUUGCAAAGAGUUAUACUCUUGUAUCAGGAGGAACAGAUAAUCAUUUGAUCUGGGUAGAUUUACGACCAAUGCAGAUAGAUGCUCAUCGUGCAGAAACUGUACUGGAACAAUUGGGUAUCGCACUUAAUAAGAAUACAUGCCCUGGUGAUAAAAGUGCACUGAGACCAGGUGGUCUUAGGAUUGGUUCACCAGCACUGACGUCUAGAAACUUCAAAGAAGCAGACUUUGUGAAAGUUGCUGGUUUCAUUGAUCAAGGAAUCAAACUUACUAAAGAUAUACAAGGAAACUGUGGACCAACAUUGAAAGAGUUUAAGGCCAAAUUAGCGGAGGAUGAAAGUGUGAAAGCCAAGAUUUCAGGUUUAAAGAAACAGGUGGAAGAGUUUGCAAUACAAUUCCCCCUGCCAGGUUUUGACAACUGGUGAUUCAAAGAUGAAUGUCAUAAGAGAAAGUGGUCGUGAUUUUGCAAUAAAAGUGGGACAUAAUAUUAUUUUUUUAACAUAGGGUAGUUAUAUCUGGUCAUUUUGCAUGUGAAAAUGUUUCAAAGAAGAAAUGAAUAUUUGGACCAAAGGGGUUUUUUGUAUGCUUUGAGCUAUUUAUUUUUCUAAGUUUUCUUGGCAAGUUUUAGUAAUCUAUUUAACAGGAAAUCCCUUUAAGGUUUAUAUUUCAUAUUGAAAUCCAUAACAUGUAACAUGUUUAGAAAAAUGUUAUUUCUUUGUUUCUUGUUUUGUUUGUGUUGGCGCAGUUUGUCAAAUAAAUCAUGUUUUCAUUUUAUCCUGGCUUAACUAGAUACGCUGUUUUACUAUUUGUAAUUAUAAUUUGGUGCCAUGUGAAUUUUUGAAAUAUUAUGAAUACUCUUGUUAAAUUAAUCUGAUUUUAAGGCAUGUGUUAAGUGUACAGUAAAGCUACUUGUUCUCUGUUUUAUGUUCUUGUUUGUUCUAAUGUUAGGGGCUGAAUUAUAUUCAUUGCUACAUCGUAUUUUUUCAAUAAAUUUUUAACAUGAAAAA